UCAUCGAUUUUACAAACUCUUUCACAUCCGGUACGACGUCGGCUCGUCGAAGAGCGAGGAAAAGCAGAUUUUUUCCACUACCCGAGGAUUGCAAACCGUUCGCAAACCCAGAAGCACCCGUGACGGCCCCACCGGGGUUGAAAACUGUUCCGGAUAACCGUGUCCCAACGAGUGGCGGUUCCUCGGUUCCGCUAACUUGGCAGCGGAGAGUGCGAUUGUGCUAAAGUGUGUAUAGUGAAAAAAAAGGAAGCCGACUUCAACUUUUCGUGCAGCAAAUAGCAAGCGAGUGAGUGUGUGAAGUAGAAGAAGCAAGAAGAAAAGAAGUGCACCACCCCAUUUUUUUCUCGCUCUGGUGUUCGACGGUGAUUCUGGCCAGCACGGACCGUGCUAAUGUGCCGGUGCGUGCGUCAGCGUGUGUGAAACGACAAAGGGUAUGUCUGCGACCGCCUUUCCGGUGACAAAUCCUUCCCGAUUUUCCUGAAAUGCCUAGACCGCAUUACUGCAAAAGAGGUUUCAUAUUUCGGCCUUAGUGGACGACCCCACGGAAGACGAGAGUAUCGCAGUAAUGCACACACACACACAUUCACAUAUACACGUAGCGGCACGCAAUGCGAGAGCGACGGGUCGGGAACAUUUAUUUGCUUCUAAUUAGAUAGCCAUGCGAAGACAGCUGUCAAAUAGCGAUAGUGGCCCUCUUUUGUGAAUGCCAGCGAUUGCGAACUGCUUUGAAUUGCGUACCGUAGGGAAAGGGAAAUUUCUUGCAUUUGUUCACAAAAUAAAUUCAGUUAGUUGCAGCAAGAAGUAAUCCAAAUUAGGGAGAAUAGAUUCGCCGUUUUCUGUCCUAAGUAGCCCGUGGAAUCGUGCGUUAGUGUAUGUGUGUGUGUGUGUGUGUGGUUUCGAUCAGCAUGUAUAGGUAGUGGAGAGGAAGACGUGUAGGUUUUUUUUUUGCAAAUUCUCCAUUUUAUCCACAUUUUUGGAGUUUUCAAAGAAUUGUACAGGAAUUUCUUGUUCUUUACGUGUAUUUGUUUCGAUGGUAAAGGAAGUUAUUGUCAUGCUAUGGGGUAAAAUAGAUCAUUUGCACUAUAAUGUGUCCAUGUGCGGCUCAGUGUCUCAUCACGAAUUUGAUUCUUCCCGCCGGAAGUACACCGGCUGUACCGUUGCCCUUGUGCCAGUUGGAACGACAUGAUCACUGCGUAACAUAAAGCAGCACACUCACUCACGCAGAAAUCUGUUUCUCUCCACAGCUUCGAGAAAACUUCGAACGGAAGGAGUGGUGUCCCAUAGUCUUUCGCAUAUGGUGAAUUCGCCGUGUUCAGGAUAGUGUGUGCAUAUAAAUGUAUGUGUGUUGCGUACGUGUUACGAUAGUGUGAAGUGUGUGUGUUUGAGUGUGUGUAGUGUAGUGAAGAGAAAAAAAAGUAGCACCACUUUUCCGCAGCCAGAACGGCCCAUUCGAACGGAUUGGAAAAAAAUUGACGGAGAAAAUUCGUUUCCCCUUCGCGUAACUAAUACCCCACGUUGUGUGUGUUCCUUCGAAAAUUAUCCUGAAGUCCGUCAUAUCCAUCCAUCAAAACCGUGCAAUCGAGCUGUUGAUACAUUUCACAUGCCAAACGGCCGAUCGUGGAAGACGGCACAGUAAUCCAGAGCCCUUGAUGCUAGCAGUCCGCAUAGGUCAGUGUAAUGUGUUGAUUGGAGCAUCAAGUAUCAUCGAUUCGAUUUGCAAACCUUUCUACCCAAUACCCUAACGAAGAGAAACACGAAAAGGAAACUCUCCCAGCAGCGUUGCAGUGUUGACGAAUGUCUUCGUCAUCGUUUUCAGCUCAUCGUGCUACUAACCAUCGCCAUCAUUAUCAACAUCAACGCCAGCAGCAGCACCCUGCAUCGGCCGUACGGACGGCGGAUGUACUGUUCCGUUUGUCCCCAUGCGAUGGAGCAACGGCUUAAAACGUUGAAGCAAGCAAAUUAGCUCCCCAUGUUUUUCUUCCUAGUGCCGGCUUGUCAUUUGAUAAAAUAGCGAAGCGCGACCACUCUACAAUAUAUCCGUGUGCAUGCUUAUGAAAGUUAUCUGCAUCCGCCGCGAAUUUUGCGACCGAUAUGGGACAUUUCGAUGGUUUUUGGUCAUGGCCGAUGGUUGUCAGUCGAUCAUGUUGUAAUGUUUAGUUAAAUCAUGUUAAGCUGGGUGGAUUAGAGUGAGUGUUUCUUUUUUAAAUGUGUACGUGUAGGCAAACGGUACCGAUUACGAAUGUGUUGGAAUGAAACGGAUGUUCAAAGAGGAUCCUUUUGUACAGAGAGCAAAAAGAGCUGAUGAUGCUUGUGGCGUCCAGAACAGCCACACAGUCCAUUAGAACGUAGAGAACAAGGCAAGUGCGCCUCCUAACUAAUAGACGCGAUUGGACCGGGUUCGGAGACCGGUGCCUUCCACGGCCGAGGGUAUCGGGAAAAUGAACAUUCGCCGGAAUCCGCCACCGGAACACACCGUCAACAGCCAUCGUCACCGUCGGGAUCGUCGCGUCGAUCGCCGUUCUUUACGCGGUCGUGAAGGGUGCGUAACGAAAGCAGCCGUCACACAGCCGCCAACUCAUCAUCCUCGGGACGGAUGAUGAAGUGUACCGAGGACGAUACGCGAGAAGGUAGCAGCUAUCAGUUUCUAGACCUCACCGAUGCCGGCCAGAAUGAGGCGUCCGCAUUGAUGGGAAUAUUAUAUCCCACGUCUGAUGCUUCCGCCCAAGCGUCUUUGCCGUGUCAGCAGAGUUCGGUGCGCGAACAUCGCGUAGCAUUCUUUCCCCCGAUGCAUAGGCCGAAGGAGGUAGAGCAAAGAGAUGGGAAAGAGCCGUUGCCUGUAGUGCUUCCCCAGGAGUUGACACAGUUGAACGGAUUAAACCCGAACGCACGAGCCUUCGAUCCGGUGCCGGUAGUUUUUUUGCCCAGGUCGGCCGUUGUUGGUGGAGUUGGCAAACCUCGCUCGUACGGCAAAGAAUAUGCGCAACAAGAAAACGCAGCACCAGUAGUGGCACCAACACAACAGCCUGGUGGAAUGAUGAUCGUUCCCGUGCGGAAACAGUCGUUAGUGUCAAGUUCGAGUCGUCCGUUUGCGUUGCUGGAUCAACCACAGCAUCAGCCAGCAGCACUGUUGUCCACUCCUUCGACUGUCGGUAAUGUGGAACUUGUUGGCAGAGCUUCGCUUCUGUCCCAAGGAGUAGGUGGUCUACUUCGAACUGCAUCGAUCGUCUCAACGCCAACAUCAGCACCACCGCUGCCGAAUUUCGUAAACGAAGGCAACAGUAGUAGUUCGUUCGUCAUCGAUACGGAGAAGGUGCUUGCCAGUGGAGAACAGUGGAUCGGUUUUUCGAUCCAGUCGACGACCACGAGCGUCGCAGGCGGUGUAGGAGGAGGAGGAGGAGAAGUCAUAGCACGGACUUCCGUAGUAACGGCUGCGACUAUGCCUCCACACACCAACAACCCGCAUCACCUUCAGCAGCAGCAGCAGCAGCAGCAGCAACAACAACAGCAGCAGCAACACCAGCAGCAGCAGCAGUUAGGUUCGGGAGCUAACAAUCAACAACAGCAGACAGGAGGAGGACAGCAGCAGCCUGGCCAAGGUCCGAACCAACCACAGCAGCAUAAUGUUGGUGGUAGAAACGGAGGUGGUAACGGUGCGGGCGGUGGAGUCAACAGUACGGGCGAUACCGGUGGACGAAACGCUGAUCGAGACAAUGGCAAUCAGCAAAUGCAACAACAGACCGUUGCUGUAUCGAACCCCCACCAGCAACAGAUGCUACAGCACAUGUACACCCCAAUUCCGGCAUCAGCUUACAUCCCACCGGGAGCGCAUGGAAUGUACCCGGUACAAAUGUUGCCACCAACGGCAGCUCAGGUACCGAACAACGUUUUCGUCGGUAAUUUAACAGCGAACGUGAGCGUUCAUGGGUAUCCAGCGAUAUCACCGUACCUAGCUACGACUACUGCGCCGCAAGGAGCCUACAUGCAAGCAGAUGUUGGGACCGGACCUGAGAUGCAGCUAAUGCCACCGACACCGGUAUCGAUGCCGGGACGUGGAACGAUGCGACGUGGCGGACGAAACAAUCGCGGUGGAAAUAAUUCCCGCUCCCGAGGAGGAUACGUACCGCACUACAUACAUCAGCAGCAACAGCAGCAACAGCAAUCCUACCACCAUCAGCAGCAACACGCCCAGAAUUAUCAUCAGAGUCUUCAACAGCAGCAGCAACAGCAGGGUGUAAUGCAAUCGCUCUCACACCAUCAAGGAGGACAGCCUUCAUUGCAGCAUCAGGUGCAGCAGCAACAGUCCCAACAAGGUCAAGGUGGUGGUCAGCAACAAACUCCUCCUGCAUCCGUCAGUGGAGGAGGUCAGCAUUCGCAGCAAAUGUCACAGCAACAACCACCACAUCCACCUCAGCAACAUACGCCCGAGCUGAUGCAUAUAGAAGCACCACCGAUGAUGGGUACCGCUGGCGCACAGUACGGCAACCUGCACGGUGGUUUCUAUUUGUUGCCACCGAUGGCUCAACAUGCCACUGGUACACCACUGUUUAUGGCCGCGCCUCACAUGCAGAUGUACUAUAAUGCACCUCUGCAUGGUUAUCCCAAUCUGGUGUAUCCGUCCUAUAUUCCGUCGGAAUAUCAGUUGUACGACGAUGGCAAAGGCGAUGACGGUGGAGGUCCGCAUGGUGGACAGGGGCAAGGUCAUGAUGAUCCGGGUGUACACCCAGGGGCAAUGUGGCCACAACCUCCGCAUAUGACGCUUGAUUAUCAUCCCGAAACGGGAGAAUAUCUGCCGGUUCAUGAAGAUGAUGGUAGCGGCGCAACGGGUGGUAUGUUAGCCCAGGGUCCACCGCCACCACAAACGAUACAGCCAGUAAUUGGUCACGUACUGGAUCCGAAUGUUCCCGGCUUCACGAUGCAGAUGACACCGGCUCCAGUCGUUUCGAUGUCAGCUCCCGAUGAAUAUGGUAUGCAACCGCAACCGCAGCAUGUAGGGACAGCAUCUCAGCCACAGGUUGAAGAUUACAACGGAAACGGCAACAUUCCGGUGAGUUCGAACGCAACAUCUACCAUGCACUCACCGAUAGUGGUUACCUCGGUCGCACAACAUAACCUCGUUGGAGGUGUUCCACAACCAGAGGAGAUGAUGGUUGGCGGUGGUUAUCUGGUUGGAGCCGCUCCUCCACAACCGAUGCCGAUGGAAGGAUCUACGGAGGUGUUAAUGGUGACACCGGAGCAACAUCAACAGCAGCACGGUUCGGCAUCAGGAGUUUUAUCGUCGCCAGCAAUGGACGGUGGAACCCAACCAAUGAACAACAAUUUCAUCGUUGAUCCGCAGUAUAUUCAAGCGCAUCCUCCACCAUCACACCACGCGCUGAUACAACCAACUGCCCAUCAGCAGCAGCAUUAUCAACAGGUUCAACCACCGCAGGGAGCUGCUAUGAAUAUGACGGACUCUCCACCAUCAACCACCAAUCAAACUUUCCCAAUGACUCAACAGACGGGUCCAACCAUGGCAACAUCGACAGUAGCUGGAGUUGUUGCAAGUAAUCUGGUUGAUGCGAACGGAAACGAUACGAAUAACAACAGCAGCGUUAACCGUAAAUCGGACAUCACUACCUCACCGAAGCUCGUUGAUGCCGUUGUGAUGACGAACCCAGCGCCACUGCCGUCCACUGUAAAUGUUAGCACCACUGUACCAAACCCCCAACAAAACGAAGGGACGUCGCCGGCGAUGCCGACCCGGGGGGCAGAAAAUGCUUCUGUCACCAAACAGCCGAAUGCAUCACACAAUGUGCCAAAUCAGGGAUACCAACAGCAACAUCAUCAGCAGCAACAGCAACAACCACCACCACCAAUUCUAGGAUAUGCUGCGGCUGUUGCAUCACAGGCACCUGCACCGCGGAGUCGUUCAGAACAGAUGGAAUCCGUGAAGGGUACCAAUGAACGAAUGGAGAAACUCUCGCUCAAGGAACAGGAACAAAGGCGUACGGCGACUGCAGCGUCUGUGGUUGGUGGUGGAGUGAAUCCACAACGAAGUAGUGCCCCGCAAUCGGCAGGGCAAUCUAAUGCAGGAAGUGGGUGGGUAAAUAAUAGCGGCGUGGGACCAAAGAAGGGUACCGCCUCGGUUUCAGUUUCAGCGAUACCGAACAAGGAGUUUCCCGGUUCGGGCAGUCAUCAGAAUAAAAAUACAUCUCCGGUGCCGUUCACAACAUUGGUUGGAACCGUAGCGACACCAUCAUCAUCGAUCACCUCCUCGACUUCGUUAUCUUCCAGCAAACAGUCACAACAGCAGAAACCGUUUUCGGAUCACAACCAGCGUCCUUCGAGUGCAGCAAACAGUGGUAGUGCCGCGUCGGCGAGCGGAACAAUCAUUAGCGGAGUAAGCAGUGCCAGCAGCGGACAGACUGCAGUCGUGCCGCCACAGAUGGAGUCGAAAAAGGUGGAAGCGAUUCCACAGCGUACGGGUCCGACGACUGCACCUGCAGCUGUCACGGCGAGCUCGGUCGGAGCUGCGGAAACGACGAAGCAACACCACCAAGAUGUGGUAAUUGUACCUAGGCCCCCUACUACAUCAUCUGCCAUUUCUACUAAUACUAACACGAUACCAGCCGGUGCUGCGCCGCCGCAACCCAACAAAACCUGGGCCAGCCUGUUCCAAACGUCGUCUUCAUCGUCAUCGUCGUCGGCGUCAGCGGCUUCCGCGUUGUCGUCCACUGCGUCAUCGGUUUUGGCUUCUACAGCAGCGCAAGGAACAGCAUCCGCAGUUUCUGGAACUUCAGCACCUUUGUCAACGGGAACGAUUGGACAGACAGCCGCACAGGGUAGCACAUCUACUAGUACAGGCGCAGUUGUUGCUGCUUCUCAGCAUCACGCAACAGGAACCUCUGCGGUUAACUUUGCGCAAUCCUCAAUCCGACCAGCGACAGCGACGACUGGUGGUGCUUCGGCGGCUCCUGGAGUGGCUAAUAAUCCGCCGUCUAGUACCGAUGUGUCCUUAACGAGUGCGAAAAAACCAGUGGCCAAGGUGCAGCCCUAUGAAAGAAACCAUCAGACGCCGUUAACAACGAGUGCCCCGAUGUCCUAUUCAUCUGCAGCGGCUUCAACUCCAUCCAGCGGCACAGGAGGCUCAACCGCUAUGACGUCCGGCAAAGGAAAGGCCACUCAAACAGGCGUGUCGAAAAAGAUAUCAACCGCUGAUGCAGCAGCAGGCGCAACUUCCGCUCCGUCCAUCGGAGAUCAGAAGGAUGAUUUUUCUUUGAAAUUUGGAGAUUUUCUCAGCGGAUACAGCAUUGACAAUAGUAGCAUCAGCAUAACGCCCCGUGGUUUGAUCAAUCGAUCCAACUAUUGCUACAUUAAUACAAUCCUGCAGGCACUGGUGGCUUGUCCACCGUUUUAUCAUUUAAUGCGCACGAUUCGCAAUCUUCCAGCUGCGAAAAAUUCCAAGCAUCCGAAACCGUUCAUCGACGCGAUGUGCUCGUUGGUGAGCGAAUUUUCGCUGCUACCUAUGCGGUCGAAGCCGCAGCGUGGUGAUAAGAGCAAGAAGGACGAAAAUCCAGAAAUACAAGUCGACACGCCGUUCGAACCGACCGUCAUCUACAAGAUGCUAAAUGGGAUUCGUUCGGACAUAUUCCAAAUCGAAGGACGUCAGGAAGAUGCGGAAGAGUUCCUAGGAUGUGUAUUAAAUCGCCUUAACGAUGAAAUGAUAGAGUUCAUGAAAUUCAACAAACCCGAACAAGGAAAUGUGAACGGCGAAGAACCAUCCAACGGCGAGAUUCACGGCGAAGAAGAUGCAGAUGAUUGGAUGGUUAUUUGCGGUAAUCGCAAUAAGGGUACGGUGACACGUACAACGGAUUUUGGACGUUCACCGAUAAGCGAUAUUUUCCGAGGCAAAUUACGAUCCCGCGUGCAACGCGAUGGUGUACCACCGACGUACAACAUACAACCAUUCUUCACGCUUCCCUUGGAUAUAGAGAAAGCGGCAUCUGUGAAAGAAGCUCUUGAACAGCUGGUAGGUCGGGACGAACUAGAGGGUGUUACAUGUUCGAAAACCAAGCAGGAAGUAGCUGCUUGGCAACAAGUAACGCUGGAGGAACUUCCUGUUGUACUGAUUCUCCAUUUGAAGUGUUUUGACUACAAAAUGGACGGCUGCACCAAAAUACUAAAAACACUGGACUUCCCGAUAGAAUUGAAGAUCGAUUCAAAACUGAUGUCCUCAAAGGGUAAAAGCUAUUCAGCCAAGCAGAAGCAGUAUAAGCUGUUUGCGGUGGUGUAUCACGAUGGCAAGGAAGCGUCCAAGGGACACUACAUUACCGAUGUGUAUCAUUCUGGUUAUGGCAGCUGGAUUCGGUACGAUGAUAGUACCGUGAAACCGAUACCGGAAUACAAUGUUUUACGUCCUCGAGCGCCACGUGUACCGUAUCUGUUGUACUACCGUCGAAUGGACACCCAGAGUCAUGGCUCAAAUAGUGACCGUGGUGGUGGUGGUGAUUGCAUUGUCGGAGGUGGAGCUACUGGUGGUGGAGGAGGCAGUGGCCGCGGAGGCUCAUCCCACUCUAACACUUCCGAAAGGAGCGAUCGUCAAAAUGUACAUCAUCAUCACGGUAACGAUCACGGUCGUGGAACAAGUGGUGGCGGUUACGGUGGUAAUAGUGGCUACGGUAGUGUUCACGGUAACAGUGGUGGAAGUCAUUAUGGAAGUGGGGGACAGGGUAACAGUGGCCAUUACAGCUCUAAGUAAAACGAAACAACAAAAACAUUUCACUGUCGGUCGGAGGAACUGUCGGUCGAUAGUGUCGAUAGUGAAAAUCUGUCAGUCAAAGGUGCUGAAACGAUCGAUUGGUUUUUAUUCCAAUGAGCUUUGGGGACGCUUAAAUAAAUUCACACAAGAAGUUCUGUGCGUGAUUACGGCUGCAGGUCGUUGUUAAAUCGUGUGCAAGAACAGUCAGAACGUUUUAAACAUUUGACGAUCCUUGAGCAGUUCAUUGCACACAGUGUUGUUAGCUGCUAUUCUGUGUACGGUGUAUUCUGCUCUGUGUUAAUGUAACGGAACCAGUGCAGUGGAUAGUGCAAGUCACAUACGGAUAAGUAAACUAUCUGAAGAAGCGGGGAAACUGCUGUCUGUGCAUGUAGUUGCGUCGAAUAUUUCCGGACUAUAUUUUUUACCAUCUGUCUGAGACGGGAAUUUCGUUUUGUUUGAAAAGACGUCUGAUCGCGAUCGAAUAAUACUGCCACGCUCUCUAUCCAACAGAUGCGAAGAAUGAGUGGCUUCAUAGAAGAAUAAACGUGAGUGUUGAAAAGGAAAGGUCGACGAACUUAAGCUACAAAUCAAUGUCGCCAAGCGAAGGCGUAAAAUCGAAUUAAAGAAAAAAAAUAGUGCAGGAAUGUAGAAAGUAUAGGUUGGUUUGUUUUUGUUUUCAUACAUAUUUGUUUGCUUGCAUACAAAAGUUUUCGUAGCGUAGUCUCACGGAACAGUGUUCCGUAGAAAAAAUAGCAUAUUAAGUAAAGUCCCCAAUUAAAAACAAGAACUCGUUAUAGAACUAUGCAAGCCAGAGUUAAAGGUAUCGAAAACAUGUUAGGGAAAUGCAACUAAUAAAAACAAAGGCGAAGUAGACUCAUCUGCAAACGCAGAAUGCUAAAUUAUUAAAGCAGGUAAAACACGCAAACAAACUAAAACAACAUGUUAAAGGUGAAAAAAUGCAUUGCGUUAGCUACUACCGGCUAUAGGAGACGAAAAAGUAGUCCGGUAGUACAUGGUAAAAUUGCAAACGAGUCGUGCCGAGUCACUGAUCCUGUAGAUAUGUCUAGAUGUAGUUAUUGCAAGCGGCGUUAUGAUGUUAUUAACUCACGCUCAAUUAGUAGCAGCUGUACGAUUGGGAGGAAGUAGCAUGAUUUGUGUUUUGAUGCUGCAACAUUCAACUCGAGCUGCUUCCUCCCAAACUCUCAGAAAAGUAACAAGCGUUUAUACAAAAGAAAUGAUAAAAAUGUACAUGCAACAAGCAAAGAAAGAGCGGCUUACUGAUGUGGACAAUAUCGGACCGCCACGUCGCAUACAAUGUUAAACUCGUUGAUAUCUAUUUAAAAAAAAUGCACACACGUACACAAAAACCAACUAAUAAAAGCAAGCACAGAGAGCGAAAAAAGGAAAAUAUGUUUCAAUUUGAAAAGGGAGCCAUCAUACUUUCGUAACAUUUGUGUUGCUCCAUACCUCCCCCAACGCUUAUGGUAGUAAUAAUGUUAAACGCUUUCAUAGAAAUCAUCUGCCUCGGCAAAGUCAGCUUAAAAGCGGACGUCAGCAUAACAAAGAAGAACGUGUACAUAGUAAUGCAACUGUAUAAUAUGUGGGAUAAAAUAAGCAUGUAAUGUAAAAAAAACCCAUGUCGUCACCUUAAUAACCGUAUCAUCUCCGGUGUAGAUAUAUGAGCGCAGCUUGCGCUAAAAUAUCCGUGUAGUGUAGGUUUGCAGAGAUUUUUGGUUUUUGUAUCAGAUUAUCUGUUUUCGUGUUUGGCUUCUUGCUCUUUUCAAAAGGCUUACAAAACAUGGAAUCAUGCAAAAUGGAUGAUAAUAAUUAAAUUUAAGCUGUUAUUCAUGAAUUUUGUUUUCAUUGCUGUAAAAACAUUCAAUGAAAUAGUCAUCAAGUAGUAAACGAAAAUGUAUGACUAUAAUUUUUGCACUGAAUUAAAAUGUCCUCAAAAAAUAAACUCGCUUGAAUUUGUCGCCGAUCGGUCCCAUUUGGUUGUCUUAUGGCGAUACGGUUAAUUUCUGAUAAAUUUCUCAGCUAUUUUUUUAGCGAACUUUAUCUGUUAAAAUCCUUCAACUGUAUGCCGAUGUUUGCGACUGUGCCAAUCGCAAUGUAACUAGUAUUGAAACAAAUUAUAAGAAAAUACAUCAAUAAGGGGACAUUCAGGACAUUAGGAACACUCAUGCAAAGGAAGCAAAAUAUAUUAGGAUAAUAAAAGGUAUGUAGUGAGCUACACGAAACACAUAAUAAUGAAAUGAGUCGUCACCAACCAAAUGCAUAUGCGAAUGUGCAUAAACUAAACUAGAGCCAGAGAAAUGGAGCGAAAGUAAGCAAACGCUUAUAAAUAGAAAGAGGGCUGUGUAUAAAGUUAAUCAUAUUACGGUAACACGAUAUGUAUUUUGUAAAGCAGGAGCGAUAGAACGGUGACGAUUCGCUACCACAUGCAAAUAGGAGUUAGACAUCAGUAUGUUUGCGUUUGGCUUUGGCAUUAGAUUUAGAUUGAUGGGACUGGUGAAGUGGAUUAUAUGUUAAGGCUAGUCAUACAACAAUUCAAUAGCCACGCAUCGUUAUACUUUCGUUUGAUUUCGUUUGUUUCGUACGGUUGAGGUUUUGCUUUUUGCUAACAGUUAUAAUCAUUUUGCAAAAUGAAUUACACAAAAUUAUUGUUGAAUUUUGUUUGUCAGUAUCAUUAUCUUCGGUUUAAUGAUGUAGAUAAGGAUUUUAUAUACAUGUACCGUAGUAUAACGAAUUAACUUCCAGCGCUCAAUAUAAUCCUCCAAGAGACAGAGCGUCCAGAACAUAUGAAACCGAUCAACAGAGAUGGGGCUAAAACGAGAAAAACCAAUCGAUGUAGAGCUGCUAAAGCGAAUUGUAGUGUAUUGAAUGGACAUCACCUUACAUUGUCGACCGAUGUACGAAGAAACCGAUGUCGGAAGAAAUGCGUAAAACGAACCACCACUCCAAGGUAUAGAUUGCAUCGAACACUAGUACACACUUUUUGAAAGGGGCGCUUUUUAAGAAAUAGAAAUCCCAUUAUGGUUUUAUGUGUUGAAAGCAACAGAUAAAGAAAUACAUCAAAUAGACCACUCACACAACAUCUAUAUACUCUCUCAGACGUGUAAAGGUUUUGAACCAGCGGAUUGUUAACGACUUUUAAACGAUAACAUAAAUCAUCCACAGAAUGAAAAGGGGGAGACGCAUGGAACAGAAGUAUAAUUAGACGCAAUACUGAAAUGAUAGUAGAAGUGAGGCGAAAAUGGAGAAUUAGAAUGUGAUGCAGGGUAUAACUAAAUCCAGUAUACUAGCCAAAUAUGAAAGGAAAUCAUCGUUCAGGUACCAAUGAGCGGGAAAUGUAGUACACAUGUGCCAGACUGCUGCUACCUCGCCGUACAGUUGAUGGGAUAUGUGCACAGGUACACAGUACGCAGUGAACACAGCAGGACGUAAACAAUCACAGCUAUAAAAUAAAAACAAACUGAACUGGUUUAGUAGUAGUAUUGACCUGCUUCCAUAGGCGUGUAAUGCAAAGAGCAAAAGCAAACAAACAAACAAAACCCGAUUACUAAGCACCAAGAUUGUGUGAUCGAAACAUUGAAAAUUAUAGUUGCGCGUCCAGUAAGAAACAGGGAAUCGGCAUUAGAACAUUGUAACUACCAAACCAGAGACGCGUCCUUGCAGACAUUAGGCCUCUAUAUACCGCUGCAAACUCAUGUACUAGCUACUAACACCCAGUAGUCGAAAAUCCUUGUUUGAUUGAUGGUGUGUAACAGUGUGUGAGUGUGUAUGUGUGUCGAAAGCACGAACCAAACCAAUAUGCGCAUAAAGUGCAACCAGAUUGUGCGCGUUAAUAUAUAAAACAAAAAUCUACAUUUUAGAUAAGUGCACUUAUUAAUCGUAAAAAAGCGGGAUUAGAAGAAGGGUAUACCGUCUGUGAAUGUCGUUGUUGUAGGAUCGUAACAAACCAAGGUGUGAAGGACUGAGUUGUUUUUUUUUUCGGUGAUAAAACAUAAGUAUGAUGAACUGGUUCGUGGGGGUGUGGGGAAAGGAAGAUCACGCGAUAGACAUGAAUAUUCUGAACCAACAUUCUGUUUUUUUGCGUUUUUUUUUAACAAAAUAAGAGCAUUGCUUAUAAUUGCAAUGCGCGUUUGUGUGAAGAUAAUACAUGAAGAGGAGGGAUAAAAUAGAGAGAAGGAGAGAAUGUGUCUUAUUAGAGAUGGAUUUUUUUUGUGUUUCCUAUUUUCUACAUUUUUGCAAAAUAUAAGUUUAUUUGUGUGUUUGCUCUUUAAAAGCAACUUCCUAUAUUUCGUACUAAUGACACUAAAGCUAAGGAUUAAAGUAUGAACCAGUUUUGCUUGGUCUAUUUCUAUUACCUUCCCAUUAUGUGCUUUUGAUCAAUUGUUUGUGGGAUUAUUUGGUUUAGUUUUGUUUCUAAUCUUGUUGUUCAAUGGGAUUGUUUUGUAAAUAGUUGUAGGAUAACGAAGAAAACAAAAAAAAAUUGGUGAGAACGUGCAUUAUGUUUCCAAACACGUUCUAACUCAGGCAUAUAACGUGACCGGCAAUAUUUUGAAUAUUCAAAUCGCUCAAGUGGCUCAUUCGAUGAAUUGCUCCUCUGUAUGUACAUCGUUUGUUUGCAUGUCACGAUGCUGCGUACCCCCCAAACUGUACUGAUACGCCGAAUGCUUGUAUGUACACAUCCAUUUGUCCUCAAGCGAGAAACAAUUGCAGAAAAUGUUGAUUUAUGUUUUCACCCUGUGUGCAUUGGUGAGGUGUUUAGUUUAGCUAACUAUCAUUACCCUUAACUAUUAUUUAUGUAUUUUGUUUAUUUUUUUCUUGUUUUCUUUUAUGCCUCAUAUGUUUUUUUUGUUCAUUUAUCACGUAACUAAGUAAGUGUUUAUAAGUACGUUUUUGAAUGAUCUACUAUAUCGACUGUAGUGGGGCUCUCUGAACUGCUCACCAUCGGGAUAUGAAAAUACCAUUGAAAGGAAUAGUAGAAAGUAGGAGACGGCACUGUUUAACUAUCCGAUAACUGACAAAGCUGUAGCAUAAGUUUAACAAAGGGAAAAUGUGAGUAAAACUCCUGCCUCGACAUUUUUAUCAAACAUUAUGUUGUUGCAGGCCGAUGAUAAAAGAGAGUAACAAAAAAAGGCAACUCCCCCAAAAUCCGUUGACUCCACGCUUUGUGAUAACAAUUGUGGAGAUAGGGAAGGUUAUAAAAAAGGCAAAAGUGUAAGGAAAUAUGAUUUUCGUUUUUGAAUUAUUAUUAGUAAAGCUUUUUUCUAUUCUCGCGGAGACCUUCAAGUAAAAAAAAAGAAUGUUACGACUAAUCCACGUAAUUCAUGUGAUUUGUUGGGUUUUUUCCUUCAACAGUCGAAUAAUGGUCAAGCUUUGAACCAUUAUUGCGUGCCGGUUAUAAUAGUGAAUCAAUCAUUUGAAUGACACGAACUGAAACAAAUAAAAAAAGGAAAAUGUAUGGAGAAAUACGUUAUGAAUCUCCGCAUCUCACAGCCCUAGUUUAAUAGCUAAAGGAAUCCAGAACAACAACAAUGCUUAGUUCAAAAUCAAGGACAGAAACAAAAUCCAGAAAGGAACACUCAAAAGUGCAAGUAAAAAAGACGUAUUCGUGAAGUCAAUAACGUGGGCAAAGAGAACUAAACAAAACAUAAAUAAAAGAAGGUAAAAUGAAUAAAAAAAAAGGUGCAGUAAUCACGAGAACUGUGUAUAAUUUAUAAACAUCCCGCUAGGCAAAAGCUAAACAAAAAAAAUAAAAAUUGCAAAAUUAUAUUGCAAAUAUGUCUGGUUAAAAUGCGUUAGUAAUAGAAAUGAAGAAAAGAAAUGUGGUAAAAACAAAGUGAAAGCAUAAUGGGAAAUAAAGCAGUAAAACGGUAUAUUCUAUAUAUACACCAUUAUACAAAGUAAAAACAAAAAAAAAACAAAAACGUAGUUAUGGCUUUGGAAAACAAAACUAAGAAGACGUAAGGUAAUGAAGGUGUAACGAACAAAAGUCUUUAGCACUAUUAGGAUAGAUCAAAAUGAUCCUGGGAACAGGUAAAGCGAUAGUAACAGACCCGCAAAGCAAAGCGCUAGAAAAUAUUAUGAAAAUAGUACCACAGAACACAAAACUAGUAUAACAAACAAACAAACAAACAUAAGAAUCCUCCAACAAUAACACGCUCCCAGCAAAUGUUUUGAGUUCUUUUGUUUUUGUGCGUAAAUAAAAUGAACAUCCCAUUUAAAGAAACAUACUACACACAAAGAAUGGCAAAAAUAGGGGAAAUAUCUUCAUGUGUGGCGCCCAUUUUGUUUUGUUCGAGGAAACCUUCAUUUCUGGACAUAAGAAUGCAUUCUAAUGGUGGCGUUUAUGCAAGAAACAGUGAAGAAGAGUAAAAACAGUGAACCAGGUAGACAAGAAGGGUCAGAAAGAGUCAGUAGAUGGUAAAGUAGAAACCGGUAUAGAGGAAAUAGACAGAGUUGUGUAGUAUAACACAACGAAGGUGAAGGAACAAUGUGCAAGCAAACGAACACCAUAUGCUGGAAAUGGAAGAUGCAUAGUAACCGAGAAAGAGAGAGAGAAAAAAAAGAACUAUUAAUACAAAAAAAUAGUAUGUUAUAAAAAGAA